CCGAGCCUCAGUGGGCGCCGAGCAUCCUGCUGCCCCGGACCCUCCCGCGGGCGCGCACCGUGCUCAACUCAGGCUCAGGACUGCAGGUGUGCAUCUCCGCUGGCCAGGAAUCAUCGAGCGUGUAGACAGGACAGCCUCCUUGGAAGGCCGGCCAUACUGGAAUCCCGCCUCGGCAUGGGCCUUGCCAUUGAGGCAGCCCCACUGUCUGUGCUGAUCUGAGUGUGCUGCCCGUCAUGGGGGCAGCCAUCUCCCAGGGGGCCCUCAUCGCCAUCGUCUGCAAUGGCCUUGUAGGCCUCUUGCUGCUGCUGCUCUGGGUCAUUCUCUGCUGGGCCUGCCACUCCCGCUCUGCCGACAUUGACUCCCUCUCCGAAUCCAGUCCCAACUCUAGCCCUGGCCCCUGUCCUGAGAAAGCUCCUCCGCCCCAGAAGUCCAGCCAUGAGGGCAGCUACCUGCUGCAUCCCUGAAGGCCCCUGGCCUAUCCUGGAGCCUGGGUCCUAAGUCCACCCUGCCCAGAGCCUCGAAUCAGGAUCCAGGAGUUCAGCCAGCCUGGGGUCCAGAACUUGCAAUCCAGCCUACCUGGACCGGCUCCAAGAAGGGCUCAGUGGCUCCAGGGCGAUGGGCCUGGGGUGGAGGUUCGUGAGUUGGUGCUAGGGCCAGGGUCAUCUGGACUCUGCUCCACCCCAAGGGCCAGGGGCUGGGUCCACCCUCUUCCUAGGCUGACUGAGCGCCUCUAGGCCCUCUAGUUGGGGAAGCAAACUGGAACCCAUGGCAAUAAUGGGAGGGUGUCCAGACUGGCCCCUCCCUUGGUCCUCCUGCUGUUUGCUGGAUAAUAAAUGAACUACGGCUCCA